UUUGCCUAGGGUUCAAAGGACAGCACAGCUUUUCUUCCUUACUAACUAGACUCGGAGACCUAAACAAAUCUUUCAAGAUUAAAAAUGUCAGGCACCACUUUCACCCUUGAGAAUCCAGUAUUCCGCACAUUUCUAGGAUAUGCAGCUUUGGUGCUCCUUAAAACAAUGGCCAUGAGUGUCAUGACUUCCUAUCAUCGUAUCACCAAAAAGGUGUAUAUUAAUGAAGAAGACACACUUUUAGCGGGGAAAAAGAUCCAUAUUGUCACCAAUAACCCAACAGUAGAGAGGAUAAGAAGGUGUCACCUGAAUGACCUUGAAAAUGUGAUUCCAUUUGUUCUUCUCGGCCUCCUCUAUGUCACAACCGGACCUGCACUGUCAUCUGCUGCACUUCUCUUCAGGGUUUUCACAGCGAGCCGUUUCUUGCACACUGUGGUUUACAUAUUUGCCAUCCCUCAGCCUGCCAGAGCCUUGUGUUUCCUCGUUGGUUUCCUGGUGAAUGUGUGUAUGGGCUACAUGAUUCUUUGCAAAGCAGCUUUUUAAUCACUAUAUUUGUGAUUGGUUUUAUGAUACAAGUUGUUACUAGCUUUUAGAAUAUACAACUAUUUAUGCAUAAUUAUUAAAUAAUUUGUUAUUCAGUAUAAUCAAAUUUGUUUUAGUAUUUUUACUAAUUAUUGAUUUGUAUUAUACAGUGUGAUUUGUUCUAACAUUCCAAUACUAUUACAUGUAAAGUGGUUGUGUUUAGUAGUUGGAUGAGGCUCAAUCUUUGCCUAUUUAAAUUUUUAAAAAAGGUAAUCCACUUUACCAUGAUAAAAAGAAAGAUAAAUAAUCAAGUACCAUGGUGUUCUGUUAUAAACCUUGUUGUAUCUAACAAAAAGAUACUUUUGAGAAGUAUACAUUUUAAGAAGGGAGUUAAAUAUGUUUAUUUUUCUUUCUUCUGCUUAAGGAGCUUAGGGCAAAGAUGACACCUCACCAACAAACUAUUUAUAGUGGCUAUUUAUUUUUUUAAAAACCUCCAUCCAUCUCAAAACAUCCUGCAUCUCUCUCACAAGAACUCCUCAAUGACAUUGUUGGCCUUCCUUUUUGCCACUUUCCCUAAUCUAUGCUUUCCAUCCAUCAUUUUCUUGUGGUUAUCUCCCAUACUGAAAGUGUGUCCUAUCAACUCCACUUACUUUCUAGUAUUACUUUGUUCCUUAUAGUAUUAUCUCCUUAACUUAAUACCUCCCAUAGGCAUAGAUUUUUUUUUAUUUUGCCUGGCCAAUGUACUUUCAAGAUAUAUCGUGAUAUGUUUAUUGAACACUUGAGCAUAUUUGUUGUAACUGCAUCUUUGUGUCAAGGGAUCUAUGCUUUGUUGUUUUGAUGUCAUGGUAUAACAACAGAAUGCUCAAUUUCUGUUUUUUAAUUAUUAAUGUUUUUAUUUUAUUUUUAUAUAAAGAUAACAGUUAAUUAGCUUUUUUUUGGAAUUGCCUGAGUUCAAUGUAACUUCUAAAUGAGAAAAAAACAAAAUAUUUAUAAUUCAAAUUGAUUUCUCAGGAUAAAUGUAAGGAAGUAUAGAUUUCUUAAAUUGUUUAGUUUCAAGUUGUAUUGCUGCAGUUAAGUUUGUUGAUGUCCAGUGCAAGGAAAUACAGAUAUUUUUAAAUUUUUUUUUAGUGUGUUGAUGUCCACUUGUCAAAACAAUAUUUAUGUUUGCUGUUUAUUGCUUAUAUAGGAAUAUACAUUAUUUUGCAUAACCUGUUGUGCCUUUUUAAAACUUACAUCUAUUUGGCAAUUCAAGAUUUAUGCCUCCAGUGAAAAGAUUUUUUUUUUAAUGUUUACAGCUUUAACACUUUUUAUCUUAUAACAUAUUACUAAUUCAUUAAUCAGAUUAUAUAAUUU